CAAGCGAAUGAGAGGAGAGGCUCGCGAGCAGCGCCGUCCGCUGUUCCACCGGAUUGUACUUCAUCGGGAGUUUGCGGUUUGGCAGGUUUAUAUACAUCAAAACAGAACAAAGAGAGAGGCUCCACAGUGGUAUAAAAGAAGAGAGGGGAAAGAAUAAAGCGGGGGAGAAAUCUCGGCGACUGAAUUACAAAAGAACUAAGGACACUCUGCUAAUGUUUUUCACAUCCAGAGGGGACAUAAACCGGGACUUUGUACGCUGUGGACAAUUUGCAAGGCUUUUUUGUUUGUUUUUGGCGAGCACCUAAAGUUUGUAUGGGACGAGGCUUUUUUUUUUUUUCUUCCUGUAUAUUUGAAUUUUAAUGCUCGCAGUUCACCACCCCGGUGCGAAACUUUCUGAGCGGACUGCACAUGGUUUCAAAGGGCUUCGGGAAAACUGGAUUUUUAUGCGCCGACACCCGCGCUCGCCUAGAAUGCAGUAAACACCGGCGAGGAUUUUAUUCCGUUUUCUGCCACCGCUUUUGAAGCUUUUUCCGCGUUUUUACGCGCGUCGAUGGUAGUGCCCAAAACCUACUCAUACUUUUAAAGUUUGAAUAAUUCAUGAGAUACAAUUCGCCUGCUCGAAAGAAGUGACUGUAAAAAGGGAGGGUGGAGGGGGGGGGUUAUCCACAAACAUAUUCAUAAGGGCUGACGGAAUGGCCACCGCGGCUUCCAAUCCUUAUCUGCCCAGCAAUAGCAUCUUAUCGUCCGGCUCCAUCGUGCACUCUGACUCCGGAGGUGGUGGAAUGCAGCCGGGCAGCGCUGCGGUUACCUCGGGCUCCGGGGUGUACAGGGGGGACCCCUCGGUCAAGAUGGUACAGAGUGACUUUAUGCAAGGCGCGAUGGCAGCGAGCAACGGGGGGCACAUGCUGAGCCAUGCCCACCAGUGGGUGACAUCCCUCCCGCACGCCGCGGCGGCCGCGGCAGCAGCCGCCGUGGCCGCGGCCGAAGCCGGAUCGCCGUGGUCGUCGAGUCCUGUCGGCAUGACGGGCAGCCCUCAGCAGCAGGACGUGAAAAACUCCGGCAGAGACGAUCUACACACGGGCACCGCUCUGCACCACAGGCCGCCCCACUUAGCCCCGCACCAGACACACGCCGGCGGUUGGGGGAGCGCGACUGCCGCUCACAUCAACUCCAUAUCCGGGGGACAGCAGCAGCAGCAGCAGCAGCAGUCGCUGAUCUACUCCCAGCCGGGCGGGUUCACCGUGAACGGGAUGCUGAGUCCGGGGAGCCAGAGCCUGGUGCACCCGGGCUUGGUGAGGGGGGACACCCCGGAUCUGGACCACGGCAGCCACCACCACCACCACCACCAGCAGCAGCAUCAGCACCACCAGCACCACGGCGGCAUCAACAGCCACGACCCGCACUCGGACGACGACACGCCGACCUCGGACGACCUGGAGCAGUUCGCCAAGCAGUUCAAGCAGCGGAGGAUCAAGCUGGGCUUCACGCAGGCGGACGUCGGCUUGGCUUUGGGCACCCUGUACGGGAACGUUUUCUCCCAGACCACCAUUUGCAGAUUCGAGGCUCUGCAGCUCAGCUUCAAAAACAUGUGCAAGCUGAAGCCUUUGUUAAACAAGUGGCUCGAGGAGGCCGACUCCACCACCGGCAGCCCCACCAGCAUCGACAAGAUCGCGGCGCAGGGGAGGAAGCGAAAGAAGCGCACCUCCAUCGAAGUGAGCGUCAAGGGGGCUUUGGAGAGCCACUUCCUGAAAUGCCCCAAACCCUCGGCCCAGGAGAUCACCGGGCUGGCGGACAACUUGCAGCUGGAGAAGGAGGUGGUUAGAGUGUGGUUUUGCAAUAGGAGACAGAAGGAAAAACGGAUGACGCCCCCAGGAGUGGCUCAGACGCCGGAGGAUGUGUACUCUCAGGUCGGCAAUGGGCAUUUUUUAGUAGAUUACUUAAAAGAUGCAAGUGAAGCGAGCGACCAGAGGGUGACAACUACAAGUUCAUUCCACCAGGUAAUUUUGGCGCAUUAAGACACACCAGGAGGAAACCAAGUAUUGUUUUUAUUCUUUUUUUUUUUUCCUCCCCCCCCCCCCCCCCCCCCCCCUCCUUCCUCCCUCCCUCCAAAAAUCCUCCCUCCGAUUACCCUGUGUUUGAUUGAAGAAACAAAGGAGCAGGCAUUUUGUAUAUUUAGAACUGGGACUGAAGCGCCUUCCCUCCGCUCCGAGCGUCACAGCGACCCGGUGGGGAGACGCGCACCACUAUGAGCCGCAGUGACAUCCACGAAGCUUCCGCCCUGAUUUACAGCGCUUGUUUGUUUAUUCGGAGGUGGGCUGCGUGGUUGCACUUAUACACACACACGCGCGCGCGCGUGGAGGAUUAGGGGAUAUUUUUUUUGUUUUUGUUUUUUGUCACCUCGAGGCCCUCGCGAGCCCCGGAAAGAAAAGACAACCUGGACCAGGACUGUCCCCGCCUGAUCUCAAAGAUCGCUUUCUUUUUUUUGUGGGGGGGGGGGAGGGGGUUGCUAUUAUUUAAUGGACUUUUGAAACCGUGAGUGGAUUUUUCCUCCUUUUUUUCCCAACGAAUAGAGCAUAAGACAUUUGAAAAGACUUCAACUGCACUUAUUUGAGAAAAUAAAUCUGUUGCCAAGUGUGACUGAGUGGGUGCUGUGGACACUAUUGUUGCUGCCCUUUCUAAGCAGUAUUCUUUGGUAGGUUUUAAUAAACAACACUCUGUAAAGCCGGCGAUAUAGAUCACUAGAUCAGAUACUGAUCUGAGUUAUUUACUUUAUAUUUUUCAUCAGAAUGACUUGUUUUAAUAUUUUAUUCGGAAUACUUAUGAAUGAUUCCAGUAAUUUAUUUCCCCCCCAAGGAACUUGUGUAAGAUGCUUUGCCUUUUUCUCUUUUUCUCUUAAUUUCUUUCUUAUAUUUCUGUUGUUGCCCUUGUUUGUUUCAUUUUGUAUUAUCGUUUCUAAAGGAGCACAAAUCAUCAUAAGCUGACAUUGACCGUUGUUAGGUAAUAAGGGUAUAUUUUGAUGUGAUAAUUUGAUUGUAAUUUAAUUUCAGUAGUGGUUCCGUACGAGCUGAUUGAAACACAAUAAAUUUGUUAGAAUGAAAUGCAA